AUGGAAUCAAUCUCAGGGAUAAGUGAUGAAGCCAGCCAGUCUGAAGACAGCGAGCAUGGUACCAGUUGCCACCCCCUCAUCACUGAUACCAUCAACACGGGCCAGAUACCUGCAGAGGUCCGCCAGGCCGCCGUGUGUCACUGCCAGAGACUGCUGGACGGGGCCUGGUGGCGACUGACUGCUGACAGCAUCAGGAUGACGUCACUUGGCGACGGUGUGGCUCUCAGUAACUACAUCUACCUCUGCGAACUACCAGACCACAUUCCGGUAGAGGGCUUUGAACCAAGACAGGCCCUGGUAAGGUUUUACGGAGAAGUCAUCAAAGAGGACAUUCAAGGCGUAAUCCAGAAUUCCGUUAUAUUCUCUAUACUGGCAGGUCUGAAGCUAGGCCCACAGCUGUAUGGUCUCUUUGAUGGUGGAAGAAUCGAAGAAUACUUACCGUCCCGGUGUGUUAGAGAAAGUGAGAUGCGUCUUCCAAGCAUUUCAAAGAGAGUGGCAAAGCGCUUGGCCCAGUUUCAUAACCUGACCAUGCCGAUAUGUAAACCACCGUUUUGGUUUUAUGAGUGCAUAGAAAAAUGGUUACCAGUAGUACCCCAGCUUCUCACAUCAGGCUCUGGCAACAGUUUCCAUGCUGAGCACCUCCGGAGGCUGGGAGAGAUGGACUUAGGGACAGAAUAUGCAGAUGUUAAAGAACUAGCCAGAAGUGUCAGGUCACCUGUAGUUUUCUGUCACAAUGAUUUAAACAGAGGAAAUAUUCUUCUUUUGGAUAACAGUGAAGAACUGGUGUUCAUAGACCUAGACUUCUGUAGUUAUAAUCACAGAGGGUUCGACAUUGCCUCGUAUUUCAACGAAUGGUGUGAUUACCAGAAGAUGAAAAAGUUUCCCGAGUGUCUGUCUACAUAUCCUUCCAGGGAACAGCAGUUAGAAUUUUACAGAACCUAUUUGACUGCCAGUGGUAUAGAUCUCGGUGACAUCGAGGACGAGGCAGAGUCUAUGAUACGAGAGGUCCGAGUUUGGGGCACGUUGGCACAUUAUUUCUACGCACUCUGGGCUCUGAAUACUGUGGGGAAGUGUAACAUUGACUUCCCUUUUAUCGAGUGGGCCGUGUGUAGGUUGGAAACCUAUUUUAAGUGGAAGGCAGAACUUGGAUGAUGCUUGAUGCAAGCCACGGUCUAAGGGCAAACC